AUGGCACCAAAAGGCAAGGGAGCCGAUAAAGGCAAAGCCAAGGAUGCUGGAGGUGCUGGUAAAGUGAAGGCCGCACAAACCAUCAACGUUCGACACAUUCUCUGCGAAAAGCACGCAAAGAAAGAAUUGGCAGUGGCAAAACUCAAUGAAGGGGUCGCGUUUGAUGCUGUAGCGAGAGAGUUCAGUGAAGACAAGGCUCGCACAGGCGGAGCUCUCGGUUGGAAGACCAGAGGAGAUGUUCUCCCAGAGUUUGCGGAGGCGGCCUUUGAGCUGGCGCAGUCGACCACUGCGAAGCCAGUCUGGGGAGAGUGCAAGACUUCUGAGGGGUAUCAUGUCAUGAUGGUAGAAGGCAGGAAAUAG